AGUUUGCGGCUCCUUUUGCUCAGCUGGCGGUCCGGGACGGGCAGUGGGAAAGCGGCAGCUCCUCGUGUCCCGUUGUGCCGCUGUUGAGGGUGUGGGAUCGCUGAGCCGGGCGGCAGCGCAGCCCCCGCGCCCCGAGCCGGGAGCGGGGGCUGUGGGGGGAGCGGCCGGGCCCGGAAGCGAUUUGGGGUUUGCUGCUGAUGCUUGAGGCUUUCAGAGUCGCAGCAUCCGAGCUGGCUGCUCGCCGCAGGGAUGCAGCCGUACCAGGGCAGAGCCGGCUGUACCCCCAGGGCUCCGGCGGGGACAAGCCCGGCAGCUUUCGGAUGUCGCAGGGAAGAGCCCAGCAGGCACGUCCGGCCCGUUCCGCUCCCGGCCACGCGGCAGAACCUGAACUACGCGUACCCCCCGAUCUUUUGGGUGGACGGCUGUGCUGAUGCAGGGGCUCCGUGCGCCCCGGCACCGCCUGUGGCUCCUUUCCCACCGCCGGUACCCGACAGGAGGAAAAAGCCAGGGAGCAGGACGGAAAGAAGGAGCGUCGGCUUCCUCGUGAUGUUCUUGCUGAUCCUGGUGGCCUUCACUGGAGUGGGGCUGAGCAUGUAUCAGAUUUUUCACCUGGAGAAGGAACUGGAUGAACUCAGAGAGUCUGCCAGCGCUGAGCACAUCCCUCCAGCUUUGGAGAAACUCAUAGGGCAGAAGCAGCAGUCACUGAGAAAGGAAGCGAGGAAGGGAGCCCAUUUAACAGGGAACCCAGCCCAGCAGGAUCUCCCUCUGGAGUGGGAGCCCAUCUCUGGCCACGCCUACACCAGUGGCAUCCAGUACCGUGACCGGGGGCUGGUCAUCAACGACACCGGGCUGUACUUCGUGUACUCCAACAUCCUGUUCCGCGGCAGCGCCUGCGACAGCCAGCUCCUGUCCCACGUGGUGUACAAGAGGAACCCGGCCUCUCCGGGCAGCCUCGUGCUCAUGGAGGACAAAGCCAUCAACUACUGCACAGGCCAGAGGAUGUGGGCCCGGAACAGCUACCUGGGCGCUCUCUUCAAGCUCAGGAAGAGGGACAGUUUGCACGUCAACGUCUCCAAAAUAGCUCUGGUGAAUUUUGAGGAAUCCAAGACUUUUUUUGGUUUGUUUAAGCUUUGAAAUGGAGUGUGGCUGGCAGCUCCUUCCCUACACAUAUGGAUGUGUGAGGGGUGAGUGCUGCCUGAGCACAGUGGCACCACAAAGCCCACCGAGGAACCGUGUUUGGCUUUCAGCGUGAGGGAGUUUGAGCAACUGGUAAAGGCUURAAAGCAGACACCUGGAAAGCACCAGGGCUGUUCUGCAUCAGCCUGAAGAGAAUUGCACAGGUUCUCCUUACAAAAAAAAACCCAACAAACGUGGCGUGCUGAGGACCCUGUUGGAGCUCAACACUUGCUACGUGAGAAGAUGCUGGGACCAGCCCUGGUGGGGACAGCUGGUGGGUGUUAAGGAGC